AACAAAUGUGUUCAGUGAUUUCAAAUAGAAGUGAUAAAAUGAGGAAGGCAGCAGUUCGUGUAAGACUGUAGAGCAGGGUGUGAACAAGUAACUUUGACCCAAUGUGUUCAUUUCAAUCGCACUGUCGUGCCAGACCGGAAGUGUACCGACAAGACGUUACACUCCACACCACUAGAUGGCGCCACAUUUACUGCAUUGGUGGCAAAACGGAAGAGGAAGAGUCCUGGGGCGUGUCAUAGGUUCAAGCAUCAAUACAUUUCCCUUAUCGGUCUGAUAGGCGGGUGACUCAAGGAGGUUUUCAUGACAUGUGCAAUACUGUUCGCGCAUGAAAUCAGUUAAUAAAAUAGCUGUCCGAGUAGCAAAUGGAAAAAUGUCUGCUAUUUUGCAUACUAUAACUGUUUUAUUUGCCUUCUUGAGCUGCUGCUGAGUGAGUGUGCUGUUAGUCUCAACUUUGACGUCUUCGUUAGCCGGUUAGGUAGAUUUUAUUUUAUCUAAAAUAUUCGUUAAACAAGAAAUAUUUCCCCCGGUCGGCAUAUCAUAAUCGUCAUCAUCAUGAUGUACUAGUGAAUGGGUUUAGCUUCGUUUGAUCGUUCAUAAAAUUUAUCCUAAAAGAAAUAAAUCAUUUUCGAUCGUAAAAAGUAACAUGGACCGCUACAGAUCGCGUGAUCACAAGUCAAAACCCCGUGAAGAUAUACAGUUAAUGUGUAAAAGAGACGCGGAGGACUCGUGGGAGGCUGCGGAGGGGCGCAAACACGCGCGACCCGAGCGCGACGUGAGCGCGCUUUCCUCGGUGCCGCGGAUCCUGAGCACUCGCGCCGCGCUCUACGAGAGAGACUUCCCCGUGUACAAACAGCCCGUGGAAGUGGGCUGCUUUUCCCUCGACUCUCGGCGCACAUUUUUCAACGACGCGCGACAGCUGCGCUACUACGUGGAGCCGGACAGGAAGCCGAAGUUGGACCUGCGCGAGGGCUACCGCGAGCGAUACGUCAGGAGGGAUGAGCGCGUGAAGGAAAACCUGGACCACCUCCUCACGUGGAUCUUGGCAAACCGCUCCAAACUGCCGAGCAGACCUGCUGCCUCCUCCUCCUUGCUUGAGCUCGAUGUGGACAUCGUCACAUGGAGGGGACACCUGACCAAGUUACUGACCACACCCUACGAGACUCAGGAGGGGUGGCAGCUGGCCGUGACCAAGUUCGGUGGUACUCUGUAUGUCAGCGAGGUGGAGACGGAGGCUGCCCGUCAGAGCCGGGAAAGCCGCACCGAAAGACAUGACGAGAUGAUGUACUGGGGCUACAAGUUUGAGCAGUACACCUGCGCAGAUGAAGUUGGUGCUUGCCCCAAUCCCGGUGGAGUGGUGAACACCAACGAGGCUUUUUGUACCGUGGUCCAGACGCGGCUUGGGCCGCACAAGCUGCUGUUCUCGGGGGAGGUGGAUUGUCGGGAUCCAGACCCACUGGCACCCCCUGCCCCCUCCUGCUACAUUGAGCUCAAAACCUCUGCGGAGAUUCGCAUGCCAAAGCAACGAAGAAAUUUCCUGAGGUACAAGCUGUUGAAAUGGUGGGCUCAGUCAUUCCUCCCUGGAGUCCCCAGAAUCAUUGCUGGUUUCCGCGACAGUGAUGGAACGGUGGUUUCUGUGGAAACCUACCACACCUCCACAAUACCUCAGAUUAUAAAGAGUGAGUACAAUUCCUGGAAGCCGACCGUGUGCAUGAACUUCUGCUUUGACUUCCUCUCAUUUGCAAAGACAGCAGCAAUAGAAGAUGAUCCUCGGGUAGUGUACCUGUUCUCAUGGGAGCCGAACAGGGAUGUCAUUUACUCUGUCCACAGAGACUCACCGUACACCUUCCUCCCAGAGUGGUACGUGAGGCAGAUGAUGUCCCUGCCCAAGUAACUCACAGCCAUUGUCUCCAGACCUCUUGUGCUUCAGCAGGAACAAGAUUUUUUUUUUUAUAUCUUAUCACAAAGCAAACAGACUGGAAAAGUAAACUUUCAGGACUGGCUUCAUAAUACUGUUGUCACCAAUCUGUUGUGACCAAAAUCAUCCUUGUUCACAUAUUUUGUUUAAUAAGUUUUAUAAAUAUAUAUUGGCAUUAUUUUUGACAUGGAAGUAAAUCAAAGAUAUGACAUUUCUGUAAAAUUGAAAGUGGUAUUGUUCAC